CUCUCUUCAGUUAUUUGAGUAUCACUCAGCUGCUAUUAUGAAUAGCAUUACAGGGCGCAGUGACAUUGCACAGCGAUGUUCAAUCGUUUACUUACAGCUAGUGAACAUUAGCCUACUCCGCAGCACCUCCGUCUCCCUGUAAGCGGUGUACAAGCCCAAGUCUAUGCGCCGCUGACAGCGCGAGGAAGCGCGUGUGCUGGCGGAGGCUGGGUGGAAGGUGCUGUGCCUGUGAUGGUGGAGGACGGGACCGUCAUGAGGGGACGGGUAACAGUGUACUCGGUGCCAGGCUGUCCACACUGCAUACAGGCCAAAGCUACUCUGAGUACAUUAGGUGUCCCUGUGUGUGAUGUGGAUGUGAACAAGCACAGAGAAUUAAGAGCACGAUUGAAGGAGCUCACAGGUCACAGUACCGUACCACAGAUAUUCUUCAAUAACCUCUAUGUGGGAAACAACGAGGACCUCCGGAACCUGGAUCCUGAGCGACUGGAACGUCUCGUCCUGUCAGUAAGAGAGGAACCCGUGCCGCUGGACGCUCCACCUGUACCUGGGGAAAAUAGCCUUGACUCUGAUGGUGAGAUUGAUGGAGCAGCCUGCGAGCUCUCGGAGGCACUGAGGAAUCUGACGCUGAAACUCUACUCUGAUCAUCUCUCUGAAGAUGGCAAGACCGUUGAUUACAAGGCCAUGUCCCGGAGCCUGUGCUUCGAGCAGUACUGUGAUCUAGCUGUCCAGCUUCAGCGUGUGGAGCUGCUGUCUCUGAGUCGUGAAGAGAAACUGGCUUUCUUUAUCAACAUCUACAACGCCCUCGUCAUCCACGGGAACCUGCGUCUGGGCUUUCCCAAAAACAUAUGGCAAAGGUAUCGGUUCUUCAACUAUGUGAGCUACUUCAUUGGUGGUGAGGUGUUCACACUGCAGGAUAUUGAAAAUGGAGUGCUUAGAGGCAAUCGAAAAGGUGUGGCACAACUCAUGAAGCCCUUUUCCAGGAACGACCCUCGGCUGCAGGUGGCACUUCCUGAUGUUGAGCCUCUCAUUCAUUUUGCACUGAACUGUGGUGCAAAGGGCUGCCCUCCAAUUAAGACAUACACACCACAGGACAUUGAUAGUCAGUUGCGUGCUGCAGCAGAAGCGUUCCUGGAGAAUGACGACAGCUGUGUGAUUGACUGCGUGGGACGAGAAGUGAAACUUAGCCAGAUCUUUAAGUGGUACAAGGCAGAUUUUGGAGGCACUGAUGAAAAGCUGCUGAACUGGGUGUUUGAUCAUAUGGGAGCAUCACAGAAGAAGAGGACUCUACAGGCUCUGCUGUCAGAAGGAAAGGUCAAAGUGAGCUAUCUGCCCUAUGACUGGUCUAUAAACAGCACAGACUGAACUAAACCACAUUCUCACGCACAUGAUCACUCAAUCACAGACUCAUUGUGCGUUCUGUGUUUCUGUUGAACACGUAAAGCAGAGACGAGUGAUUCAAAACAGAACUGUACCCUAAACUAUGCAUUUCGAACCCUUUACCUUGUUCUUCCACCUCCCAAGGGGCAAUGUGAUACUGUAGCCUAAUAUUUCUAACAAAAUUUUAUACCUAUAAUUGUAUUGCAGUGUUUUGCACUGAUUAUUAUGCAGUUACACGUUUUAUUCUCAUGCAAGGAUGUCUUUAAUUUAUCUGCAUUAUUAUGUGUAUUGUAUUUGUCAAUUUUUGUUUAAAAAUUUAUUUAAUACAUAGUUUUCAGAAACACUAUAACAAGCAAAAAAGAAACCAUGGAACGUACUUGCACAGAUUGAGCUAUCGUGCAUAUUGCUUGUAAUAUACAAUUUUUCAAAAGACCUCAAGGAAAAAUAAUCAUUAUAUAUAUAUAUGCACCAAUUUAACAAUACACACUAAUAAACAGCAAUAUUUACCUUUGUAUAUUUUUACAAAAACAUUUCAAUAUAUGACAAAUUUGCACGGAUGCUUCAAGGAUU